AUGCUAAUCAAAUCGAUUCUAAUUAUUAGAGAAUAUCUCAAGUGUGGCCAGGUCCUCAGCACUGUUACUGGCCCUUCCCAACUUACAUUAUUUCUUCUUUUUCUUCUUCUUCGUCUUCUUCUUCUUCUUCUUCUUUACUUUCUUCAUAGUUUUUGUUUCCCAUCUUUCCUUUUUUCUUCUUCUUCACAUUUAUUGUUUGUUCAUUCUUUCCGUUUUAACCUUUUUUUUUACAUUUUAUCUCCUCUUUUCUGUUUCCUUUAUUUUUGUAAUGUAAUUUACUUCUUCCUCUCUUUCUUAUUUUUCUUAUUAUUUUUAUUUCUUUCGUUUUCUUUCCUACGACAUCUUCUCCGUCUUCGUUUCUCGUCUUCUUUGUCCUGCCUUAAAUUUUCCCUUUUCUUUAUUUCAUUCCUUGUCUUCACGAGAUUUUUCCUUCUUUUAUCUUUCUCCUUACCUUUUCCUUCUUCCUCACUUUUCUUCUUCUUCUUCUUCUUCUUCUUCUUCUUCUUCUUCUUCUUCUUCUUCUUCACUUUACCUUAUUCAUCUUCUCUUCUUUCUAUCUUCUUUUCCUUCCCUUUUGCUUUUCUAUUCUCGUAUUUUUCUUCGCUUUCUUUUUCUUCCUCUCUUCUUUUUAUUUCCUCCGUUUGUUUUCUUCAACUUCUCUGGUUUUGUAUUUCUUCUUUUAUCUUUCUUCUGACCUUCUCACCUCAUCUUCAUUUCUAUAAUUUUCUUCUUCUUCCUCAUCUUCUUUUUUGCCCUUAA